AUGCCUUCUUUCUCGGAUGAUGGAGACAUGGAGGAGUGGGCAGAUCAUGCUUCAACAAACAAGCGCUACGAAGGCGAAGACACCAGUCCAACCACCCCCCGUGAAUUAAAGGGCUGGUAUGCGUAUCCUAUCGCUGCUGAACUGUCGGUACACCACACAGGCGCCUUCCUCCCCGUCCUCCUCGAGCAACUCGCCCGCGAAAACGGCGUCUUCUUCUCCGACCCCUCACGGCCAUGCGUCUCUCAUUCCACCUCUUCUCGCCGCGCCAGCGAGAAAGAAGCAGCACCAGCUUCUUCAGAGCAGUGCAUGGUAACUUACCUCGGCAUGCAAAUGUCAACCAGUAGUCUCGCGCUGUAUACAUCGUCAGCGGCGGUGCUGCUGCAGGCGCUGGUGCUGGUAUGUUUGAGUAGUUUUGCUGAUUAUGGUCCAUACCGCAAGAAGAUGCUCAUGAUCACGUCGUAUACGGGAUCCGUCGCAAGUUGCCUCUUCAUCUUCAUCUCACCAUCCUUAUACCAACUCGCUCCUCUCCUCGUAAUCAUCGGCGUAGCGUGCCUGGGAUGUUCAUUUGUACUGCUCAACGCCUUUCUACCGCUGCUCGUUGCAAGCUAUCCAGAUAACAACGUUACUGGUGGAAAGGGGUUAUCAGAAGACGAUGAUUCAGCCGUCGAACUCGACAGUUUAAACGCAGACAAUGAAGCCGCAGCGUCACGCAGGCAAGAUGCAGAGAGACUGGCACGCGAUCUCGAGCGCUCUGCGCAGAUAAGUUCAAAAGGAGUGGGAUACGGAUACAUGGCUGCUGUAUUUGUCGAGAUAAUCGCCAUCCUCAUCAUCUUCGUCUUCAGCAAAACCUCGUUGGCCAAAACCUCGCCAACCCUCUCCAUCCGCGUCGUGCUCUUCAUGGUCGGCCUCUGGUGGGCCAUCUUCUCCAUCCCAACUUUACUCUGGCUACGCGAACGUCCCGGUCCCCCUUUACCCGUGCAGCAACGCAGCAACGCCUUCGCGUCCAGCGCAUCCAAACUCCGCACUUUUCUCUUCUACACCUCCUUCUCGCUCAAAAGCUUCUGGACGACGCUGAAAAAAGCAGUCCGACUCCGUCAAACACUCAUCUUCCUCAUCGCAUGGUUCCUCCUCUCCGACGCCGUAGCCACCAUCUCGGGUACCGCCGUGCUCUUCGCAAAGACCGAACUGCACAUGAGUACCAUCGCCAUUGCGCUCCUCUCCAUCACCUCCAUCGGCUCCGGCAUCAUCGGCGCCUUCGCCUGGCCACACAUCCAGCGGCACUGGGCGCUCCAACCGAAAACAGUCUUACUGUGCUGCGUGGCCGGUAUGGAGAUAAUCCCUCUGUACGGUCUCCUCGGCUACCUCCCCCUAUUCCAGCGGCUCGGCUUUAUAGGCUUGCAGCGCGCGUGGGAGAUUUAUCCCAUAGCCGUCUUACACGGCAUCGUCAUGGGCGGAAUCUCAUCAUAUGCGCGCUCGGUCUUUGCGCCGCUGAUCCCCGAGGGGAGCGAGGCCGCGUUCUUCGCCCUCUACGCUGUCACGGAUAAGGGGAGUAGUGCUGUGGGACCCACGCUCGUAGGCCGUAUCACAGACAACGCGGGCACGAUUCGUCCCGCGUUUAUCUUCUUGGCCGUCCUGGUUAUGCUGCCUGCGCCGCUUUUGUGGCGCCUAGAUGUUGAGCGGGGCAGAGAGGAUGCGAGGGCGAUGGCCGAGGGAGAGGCCAGGGGACGUGGCAGGUACGAAAGAGUCCGUACUGAGUGA